AUGAGCCUCGUCGCCAUCUAUCAAGUGCUCUCCGAUGACGUCCUUCUAAUGGUGGCCGAGAAAGAUUAUACCAAACUAGCGCGGAAGACGCUAAAGACAAUGUAUGUUGGAGUGGAUAGAGUCAAGGAGGCAAAACUGCAAACCUUGAAGACACAAUUUGAGGUGAUUUGUAUGAAGAAUGGGGAAUCGAUGGAUGAUUUCUCCAUGAAAUUAACAACCAUCGCGACUGGUAUUUGCUCAUUAGGAGAGAAGAUGGAGGAGAUCUUCGUCGUCAAGAACUUCCUUAGAGUUGUACCACAAACAUACAUGCAGAUCAUUACAGUGAUUGAGCAAUUUGGUGACCUCAAGAAUAUGACCGUCGAGGAUCUGGGAACGGUGGAAAUAACCGAGGUGGUGGUAAAAGGCAAGGUUGAGGACGAGGUCAUGCAUAAAGUUCACCUCGACAAGAAAACACCAAGCCUCGCAAAGACAAAGAGCACAUUGAAGUGUUACGCUUGUCAAAAGUACGGGCACUACGCGUCUGAGUUCCCUAAUAAAAGGCAUGACGAUGAGGCAAACCUCACUAGCUUCUAUGAAAAGGAGUCUGCAUUAAUGUUUAUUGAGGGAAUGAUGAAUGCAUUGCCCGAAGACAAUGAGACAAACCUCGAAGAGUUCGUGCAAGAGUCGUCCAAAGAGGAACUAGAGGUGGUGAUGUUCAAUGAAAAGAAAGUCAAGGAGAAACUUCUCGCAAGUGGCGAUGAGUAUAAUCAGACCGAUGUGUGGUACCUUCACAAUGGAGCAAACAACCAUAUGACGAGCCAUCAAGAGAAGCUCAGUGAGCUCGACAAGAAAAUCACCGGAAAUGUGAGUUUCGAAGACGGAAACAAGGUGCAUAGGUUUCCUGAUCCAGCUUGCGGGAAAAUUUGUAUGAGUAAUGAUAUCGUGUUCGAGGAGGAGAAGAAGUGGUAG